GGCGCCUGCGCACAGCUCGCAGUCGCUUGACAGUGGUAAACAGACGUCAGAAGGGAGUCUUCGCCUCGAGUAAAAACAAAACAAAACCGAACAAGUCGAAAUUUACGGCAUGUGUCGGAAUCCACACCGCGAAGACGACGCCAAGUUCCAUCAAAGUCUUCUCUGGUACAGAUCGGCUACCUAAAGGAGGUUAUUGGCGGUUUUUUGUGGACUUUGUCGGCGUAUCGUAAACUCUGGAGUAGCAGGAGCAGCUAACGUGACGGUGGCCAUCGGGCUGUUUUCAAACUGUCGAGUGGGAGCCGACAUUGCUCCAACUUCUGGGAAUAACCUCCUGUGAUUAUUCUGCGCUAUCUCGAGGAAGCUCCCGGCGUUUCUCGCCCGCGAUUUUGGAGGUUUUUACACCCGCUUUUUCGGGCAUCGUGUGCGGCGGCAGGAGUGGAGGAACAUGGCAGAUGGUGACAUGCGCCUCGCCGCAAUGUGGCGGAUCGUGCAGCCCUGAGCGAGGAUCCUCCUCAGCGCCUUUCUUUCCCAACUUUAUUUCAAGUCGGACUCGACAGCUUUUGAGACAAAACUAAGUGUGUGAGUGAACCCUUUGUAGUCCGGGCCACCGCAGGCCGUGAGUUGCUUUUUACGCGUGUAGUUGGACGAUACUUUUUAUGGUUUAUUUUUUAAUCUACUUUCAAUAUCCUUACUUUUUUUUUUAUUAAUAGACGUGUGGUAGGCUUCUAAGGCGGUCGGUAAAGUUUCUGUGGCUGACACAGAAUCCCGACAUCGCGUUGUUUACAAGUGGAGCCGGAGCGAGUCUCUUCUCCCUGGAGCUUCUUUGUAGUCAACUAAUCCCUGCUUGUUGACUUGCGGUGCAACCCUCAAGUUUCAUACUGAAAUUAUCGCUUCAUUAAGACCCUUUUUUUUCUUUACAUACAAUAUCGCUUAUGUAUUAUAGGCUUGUUUUAGCGCGAUCCGUUUAUUUAUCAAGUUAUUUAACUUACACAAAAGUUCAGGAAUUUGAUACUGGUUCCUGAGUUUCUGGAUCCAGAUGUUUCGUGGCUUCUUUUUCUGUUUCAGUCAAACAAAGGAAGGCUCUUUCAUUCUCCGUGUGUCGGAAGGUUUAUGAUAGGUACUAUUAAGGAGAUUAUUUGGGUUCCCUAAUCUCCAAUCUGAGGAUUAGCCGAGGCCAUUGGAGUGUCCAGAUUAUUACGUCUCUGUUCGAGGCCCCUCUGUUUACACCCGCGGCUCGUUGUUGUUGUUGUUGUUGUCGUUGUCAGUCAGGAAAGUCCGUGUGAUUCAUUUACCGCCGCAGAAUUAGAUGGUUUAGGUGGUUCCGGUGUCAGUGGUUCGAGUUCAGAGCAUCGCCAUGGAGGAGGCGUCGUUGCCCCAGAUUGACCCAGACUUCGAGCCGCAGAGCAGACCGCGCUCCUGCACGUGGCCGCUCCCGAGACCCGACAUCUCGGCUGUCAAGCCCGAGGGGGCGGACGGAACCGAAUCCGCCGCCGGAACUCCGCCCGCGGACGAGGACAAGCCCGAGCCGCAGCAAAUCACUUUGGAGCCGGAGAAGGCUGCGGCGACGGCGGAAGGUGGAGUCGUGGCCGGCGUGGGCGGCGCUGCUGGAGCGACUCCUCGUAAAGGAUCGUCCCGCCGCAACGCGUGGGGGAACCAGAGCUACGCUGACCUCAUCAGCCAGGCCAUUGAGAACUCGCCGGAGAAGAGACUGACCCUGGCCCAGAUCUAUGAGUGGAUGGUGAAGACGGUGCCUUACUUCCGAGACAAGGGGGACAGCAACAGCUCUGCAGGCUGGAAGAAUUCGAUCCGGCACAACCUGUCACUGCACAACAAGUUCUUGAGGGUCCACAAUGAGUCCACAGGCAAGAGCUCAUGGUGGAUGCUCAACCCAGAAGGAGGGAAGACGGGCAAAGCUCCUCGCCGCCGGGCAGCCUCCAUGGACAACAGCAGCAAACUGCUGAAGAGCCGCAUGAGGGCCAAGCAGACCAAGAAGCAAGCGGGAGCAGCAGGCCUAGGGGGCGCGGGAGGGGCCGACGGCAGCACCGGCUCCGGUGGUGCAGACAGUCCCAACUCAUCUCAACAGUUUCCCAAAUGGGCGGUGAACAGCAGCAGCCCCUCCUCCAGAGGAAGCCUGGACGACACUGACAUGUGGACCACCUUCCGUCCCCGCACCAGCUCCAACGCCAGCACACUGAGUGGACGACUGUCCCCCAUCGCCCCAGGGCAAGAGGAGGACGACAACCUGCCUGAAGACAGCCUCCUGGGAAGGUACGCCGCCAGCAGCUUGACUCCCACCCUCACCGAGACCCUCAUGGAGGAGCUGGAUCUCAUUGAUGGUCUGACUCUGAUGACUGGUCAACAAGGAGGAGCCAGUCCCAGCACAGCCCCCCCAGCUCCUCCCACCCCGCUGCCCUCGGCCUCCACCCUACUGCCACGGGGAUCCAACUUCUCCUCUUUCCAUCAGCUGCCAUCCAACCUCCAGCCGACCCCCCCACACACUGGAGCCCAAGGUCCCGGAGGACAGUGCGGACCAGGCAGCAAAGAGCCAGCCACUUUUGGCAACUCUCUGUUCAACCCGAUGUCCGGCUCCGCCUCCCGGGGGAGUGGCCACUACAGCGCCCACGUGCCCUCCAGCCUGGAAGCCCUGCUCACCUCUGACUCGCCUCCACCGACAGAUGUCCUGAUGGGUCAAGUGGACCCCCUCAUCCCGAGUCCCGGAGGGGUGGCUCUGCUGGGAAUGGGCUCCUCAGUGGUGGGAGUGAGGUCCAAACCUCCCAACACGGUGGCCCCCAUGGCCAUGCAGGCUCAGCUGCAGAGCCAGCAGCAGCACCACCUCCACCAGCAGCAGCAGCGGCCACAGCAGCAGCUCCACUCUCAGAUGGGCUUGGGGAUGAUCCUCUCAGGGAUGACUCAGGACCCCUCGCAGCUGUCGGCCCUGAAAGCCCAGCACGCCACCAUGCACCCCCACCAUGGCCCCAGCGCCACCCUCCCGGCCCUCUCGCUCCAGAACAUGGCCCAGUUCGCGCCUCCGUCCUGGGCCCAGACCAGUCAGGACCGGCUGCCCAAUGACUUGGACAUUGACAUGUUCACAGAGAACCUGGAUUGUGACGUGGACUACAUCAUCAACAGCGACCUCAUGGAUGCGGAGAGCAUUGAUUUCAACUUUGACCCCAUCCUGCCCGCAGGUCAAGGCUACCCAGGCCCGGCCACCAGCCAGGGCUCGGCUCACACCUGGGUGCCCAGCUAAUACCGCCAGGAUGGAAGAGAUGGUCCACCACAGAGCGACAUCGCACCCAGAUCAUUCCUCUCCUCUGCUGCAACCGUGUUCGAACUCUCUCAGACGUCGUCGAGACAGAUCCAGACCUCAAACAUGUCACGUGCCAAGACAUGCCGAGGACCGGGAGGAGACUCCAGCUCCUAUGCACAACCUCUUCUUCUCUCAUCCGACUCUCUACUGACUCGAACGACGGCCAUGCUUGAGUGAACCAGGACAAAUCAGAAACGUGACGCGGUACCUGGGUUUUGGAGGCCAGUUUUCUCCCGUCUCACUGCCAGAUCAGGGUCGGCACGGGACUCUGUGAUGACUCAGCACUUCAACUCCACAUCAUCACUUGUACGAUUACAUUUUUUUUUUAAAGGCAAAAAUGAAAUAUAUAUUUUUCCCGGCAAUGGUGAUUCUCAGCAAGCGGGAGGUGAACCCCUGAUUGAACUGACAAAAUGAAGUAAUGUGAUUAUUAUUAUUUUUUAAUCUGUUGGAGGGGCAUUGGCGGGCGAGACGCCCGGCUCCCCGGACUGUCAGGCGCUCUCUUCGUACCAAUCCAACCUGUGCAUUUUCAAAGCACUUAGGCUCCCUGUAGUGCAGGAGCCGCAGAGGUUCGAGCAUUUCACCACAAUCCUCUCCACGUUGCACAUGUUCCUCUCCACGCUAUGCAGAUCCUUUAAGAGAACUCAAGAAAAUCCCGAAGGAAGUUUGAGAAUGACCUCUUGAAGACUUUUUUUUUUUCCUUUUGAUAUUUAACAAUUUUCCCGGCGAGAUCUCGGGAGCUCUUCACAAUGUAAUGAUUCAGUACUAACUUGAUAGUGGAUGAGAAGAAUAUAUUUGCUAUAGUUUUAAUAUAGACGGAGAGAAGUCAUAAAUAUUAAUAUUACUAAUGACCUUUUUUACAUUGGAGGAAACUUUUUCAGAUCAUUUAAAUGGUAAUUUUCUAUACUUUUAUUUUUGUAAAGAUGACAUGCAUGUAGAGUUUUGUUUUUUUUUUUAACGUAACCAAAGGAACACUAAUAUUUGCAUGGCAUUUUCGGGAGAGCUUGGCCUGACACCGUAUCUCAGUGUACAUAAAGCUUUGCCGCCCACGCCUGUAACACGACACCCCGACGCUAACCGAGGCGGAGCGUGUGAAUACUUGAGCAUUUAAACUGAAAUCCUCUCAAAUCUGCCUCAUUACUUUUGGAAUCCUGGAGAAGGGGGCGACCCUGGUGGAGCACCCGCCGCGGCUGCUCUCAUCUCAACCUCUCAGGGUCGCUCAGAAGAGUCACAGCAGCAAAACUCCGGAACAAGAACAAGACGUAUUUAUUUCACUCAUUUUCUGUUACACAGCUCCGGAAGCCACUCUGGUCUUGUUUCUCUGCAGACGUUUCUGUCUCUAAAACUCCCUUCUAGAGAAGAUUCUAGAUCUCCAGCAGCGUGUCCCUGCUCCUGUGUAGUUUGUGACUCUCAAACACUAUAGCAUGAUGUAACGUUUGUCCCCCAGUUUGGUGUUUUAUUUAAGAUCUUUUUUUUAUCAUGAGAAAACUCCAAUCCCAGCAGUUUAACGCAUCAUUUUCACUGUAGUAUUCUAGAAUUUGUAAUUUUUUUUCUCCUCCAUUUUUGUUCUUUUGACGGUGCUAGAUGUUUUCUUGUUGAGUGUGUGAUAUCAAGGUACGUAUCAGGGCCUUUGGUGAACAGCACUCGGAGUCAUUCUUCCGGAUUUUAUGUUUCAUAUCUAACAAUACAUAUCAGCCAUAACAUUACGACCACCCGUCAAAAGACAGUGGAGCCGCAGCUGUUCUCGGGGGAACAGACUUUUGAUGGUGUGAAGCUGUUUCAUGAAUCAGGUUCAGCAGCGGCUCCAGGUCUGGUCCUAAACUCACAAAACCUUGCUGAAACUGCAUAGUGGCUGAUGUUGCUCUUAGAAAUAAACCCCAACCCACUCACUUAAUCAGAACUACAUUUGUUAAAAAACAAGUUUCCGCCUGGUGCUGAGUCGACUCACCACUUUACUGACGCCGCCUUAAAAAAAGGCAUGCAAACUGCUUUUAUCCCCCUUUAAUGUAUCCAUGUAUUUUUAUUCACUCAGUAGAAAUUAGUCCCUUUAUGUUUGACGUGACUUAUUCCCUCCAAACAGUAUUUUAGUAUUCGGCAAGGGCUGUUUCUGAACCUCUCCGAUAGGGGCUGGGUGUCACCCGGGGUGAAUGAUCUGUGCAUAUGCCAAUAUUGUUUAUGAUUUAUCCGAUUGAUGGUCAUUGCGUUUCCUCUAUUUCCCCCCAACGCUUGUUCUUUUUUUUUUCUCCCUUCCUUUAUUCUCACCUUGUAAAGUGACCCACAAACAAAUUCAGUCUUGAACGGAGAAUUAAAUUGAAUAAACAGUUUCACCUGACUUGGAUUCAUU